AUGACGUCUACACAACAACAUCAAGAUAUAAAACGAAGACUGCAUGAUUCGGCAAAAAAGGUAAACGUUUCUAGUCCUGAGCUUCGUUCUACGGAGGCGUUCAUGGCGGACACAGAAACAUUGUCUGUGAUUCGUGAUGAAUUUAUUGCUAAUAUAGAUACGAUAAAUCAAUAUAAAAUUGAUGAGGAUCCUACGUAUGUACCUAAUUAUUCUCAACUUACCGCAUUUGAAGAUAUUUAUACGCGAAUUCAAAGAGUUCGUUCUCAAUUGAUGCAAUCGCAGUCGCAGGGCUCUCGGAUGAAGGUCCAGGAGGGAAGCCAGGUUGAGCUUUGGCCAAGCUUCUACGAGUGUUUCAAGAUUAAUGUACAUGAUAAUGAAGGUCUAUCUGAUUCACAGAAAUUACAUUAUCUGUUGGGUAAAUUGUCAGGUCCUGCUUUAAAACUGACGGCCGGUAUUGUACCAGCCGGAGAGAACUACGCUAGUAUUUGGCAAAGUUUAGUUAAUAAGUACCAAGACAAACGAGCAUUAGGAUCUCAUUACAUGUCUAUUUUAAUGAAUAUAAAACCUGCUAUUAAUAAUGCUGCUUCGCUUGACACGUUUAUUGAAUCGUUUAGCGCCGCGGUGUCGGCCUUAGAACAGCUAAAAAUUACCGAUCUUAAAGAUUUCAUGCUAUUAACUAUUGCUUUACGAAAAAUAGACUCAGUAACCGCACAGGCAUUUGAAAUGGCAAUUAGAGAUAAGGAAAUCCCUUCUUAUUCGGAAUUUGUCGAAUUUAUUAAAGGUCAAGUAAAGAUAUUAGAUCGUACUAGUAACCGCCCUACGGUUAUACCUACCGUAGCCAGCCCGCGUCAUAACAAUACAGUCCACUACUCUAAAACUUUGCUAUCACGUGAUAAUAUCGCAUCUUGUUCAAUGUGCAACAAUGGUGAUCAUUUGCAAUUAUACCAAUGUACAACCUUCAAAUCGCUUCCGGUCGAACAACGUUUUGAGUUUAUCAAAAACAAACGUGCAUGUAUAAAUUGUUUGAGUAUGUCACAUACUGUGUCGCGUUGUAAUUCUUCGCAUUACUGUAAAAUGUGUAACAAACAACAUCAUACACUAUUACAUAAAACUAGUCUGAGCAAUAAAUUAAAUAAUCGAAAACAACCCUUUACGCCGCCGUCCUGCUCGCACGCAUUACUUGCAGCGCCGUCGGUUAGCACAGCUGAGGUUCCCGCUCAUACUUUGUGUAAUUGCCCCGCGCACCCGCCGCUAGCGGUAACCCCGCCAAUCGCGCAGCUCCCGCCGCCGACUCAGCUGACUCCGUGCGUUAAUAACCAAGUUUCAUUGUGUGCCCGCGCGCAUGUUAUUAAUAACAACAAUACAAUAUUGCUUAGCACGGCACAGAUAAACGUUUUAAAUGAUUGUAAACAGAAGUUAAAUGUUAGAUGUCUUAUUGAUAACGCGUCACAAAACCAUAUCGUGACAACCGCUUGUUGUAAACGCCUUAAUUUAAAACCAAUUCCACUUAAUGUACAUACAUCUAUUAAAGGUAUAGGAUCCGCAUCGCAGACCGUUCGCGGUUGGGUUCCGCUGUGUGUUUCUUCUAAAAAUAACUUGUAUAAUUACACUAUUGAUGCGCUUGUCGUCGACGUCAUAACGGAGAAUAUGCCUUCCGUCAUGAUCGAUGCAACGAUUAUUAGUAGUUUAUUAAAUAUACCGCUUGCUGAUCCACUAUGGCAUACGCCUGGACAGAUUGAACUCGUACUUGGGGCUCAAUUGUUCCCAUAUUUAUUAUUAGGUGGUAAAAUUAUUGCACCUCCCGCACCGGCCGCUAUUGAAACCGUAUUCGGAUAUAUUCUUAUAGGGGAAGUCGCCUCAACCGCUGACUCCGAUACGGCACCCGCCUCUUCAACAUUUCUCAUAUGUUCGGAACAGGAAACACAAAAUGAUAAUUUAGAUAAAACAUUAUGUAAAUUUUGGGAACUGGAAGAAGUUCCUUCAAAAAGGUUUAUGAGUCCGGAGGAGACUGAAUGCGAGCAAAUAUACUGUGACACAAUUUCACGUGAUUCUACGGGUAAAUAUUGUACCUCACUGCCAUUUUCUAAGGAUCCCUCCAUAUUGGGUGAUUCCCGUUCUGUAGCUACUCGUCGCUUACUCUCUUUAGAACGUAAAUUGAAAGAUCCUGUUCUUCGUGCUAGUUACAAUGAGAUCAUACAAGAAUAUCUUAUCAACGAUUACCUAUCGGAAGUUCUGCCCACUAGUAACGAAUAUGGUAAAGGGUAUUACAUACCUCAUCACCCCGUCAUUAGGAAUGAUAAAGAGACGACAAAAUUACGCAUAGUCCUUGACGCAAGCGCCAAGUGUCAUAAUGACAUAUCUCUAAAUGAUAUAUUACAUACGGGACCCAACUUACAAGCCGAUAUAUUAAUUCUUUUAUUGAACUUUCGCUUAUUUCCUAUUGCACUAACCGCCGACAUAAAACAAAUGUAUCUAAGAAUCGAAGUUCGUAAGGAACAUAGAAAAUAUCAAAAGAUAUUGUACCGUUUUAAUUCUACAGAGCCUAUUCGUGAGUUUCAGUUUAAUCGUGUCGCGUUCGGGCUGCGAUGCAGUCCAUACCUAGCCAUGCGUACUGUUAGGCAGUUGGCAGAAGAUGAGAGGACCGGGUACCCGCGUGCAGCUGAUGUAGCGACUAAUGAACUGUAUAUGGACGAUUUGGCUACCUCCGUCUCGACAUUUAAGGAAGGAGUGGUUUUGUCACGCGAACUCAUUGCAUUAUUUAAGGAGGGCGGCUUUCAUUUGACUAAAUGGGCGAGUAACUCUGUGGAUCUUUUAUCUGCUGUUCCUGAAUCUAACCGAACCGCUAUUAAUUUUUCGAAUAAUGAUAGUAUAAAAAUACUCGGAUUGAAAUGGCUUCCCUCUGAGGAUGUGUUUACUUUUUCAACAUGCUCUAUAGACGAGAAAUGUACUAAACGUACUAUCCUCUCGGCUAUUGCCCGUCUAUGGGAUGUUUUAGGAUUCGCUGCACCAGUAAUUCUUUUUGCUAAACUUUUAAUACAAGAAUUGUGGAUCCAACACAUUGGUUGGGAUGAUGCUCCACCAAUGGAUAUACAAACAAAUUUUCAUAAUUUUAUACAACAAUUAAAACAUCUCUCUUCGUUGAAGAUACCUAGACACGUUAAUGUGGAAGUUGGUUGUACUACCAACAUAGUUGCAUUUUCCGAUGCCAGCAUGAAGGCGUAUGGAUGCGUAGUGUACCUACACGUCACGGAUCCGAUAGGUAAAGUGCAUGUCGCUUUAGUAUGUGCAAAAUCUAAAGUCGCACCUACAAAAACGGUAACUCUUGCUAGACUGGAAUUAUGUGCUGCUGUUUUAAUGUCAAAACUUGUAAAGCUGGUCUUAGACACUACUCGCAUCAUGUCUUCACAUUUAAACGUCGCAGAAAUGCAUCUUAUUCGCGGAGUUCAACAAUUAUAUUUUCAAUCGCUUUUUCAAGAUAUACAUAAAAAUAACUUACCUUCAUCACAAUUUCGUAAACUUGACCCCUUUAUCGAUGAAAGUGGAGUUAUUAGAGUAGGAGGAAGAUUAUCUAAUAGUAACUUACCUUUCGAAGCUCAGCAUCCCGCAUUACUGCCUAAACAUGAUCAUAUUACUCACCUGCUUAUAGACAAUUAUCACCGUAUGUACUGUCAUACUGGUGCUUCAUUAUUGACUUCAUUACUACGACAAAAAUAUUGGAUUAUAUCAGCCAGAAGUGUAAUUAAACAAAGAGUCCACUCCUGUAACAAGUGUUUUAAAGCUUCUCCAUCAAGCAAGGCGCCAAAAAUGGCGGACUUGCCUCCGUACCGCGUGCGUGAAACGAAAGCCUUUGUGCACACCGGCGUGGAUUACGCUGGACCUAUAAAAAUAACGUUACGCAGACACCGUGGUCAAAAGUCACAAAAGGCUUACAUUUGCCUAUUUAUUUGCCUUGUAACAAAAGCCGUGCAUAUCGAGUUAGCCACAGACCUUUCAUCUGAUAUAUUCAUUUCUGCCUUUAAACGCUUUAUAUCACGGCGUGGACCGGUCUCAUGUCUUUAUUCUGAUAAUGGAACAAAUUUCGUUGGUGCAAAAGCUCAACUCCAUGAUCUUAUGCUUAAUAACCGUAUUGAAUGGCAUAUGAUCCUGCCCCGCGCCCCUCACUUCGGGGGGCUUGGGAAUCAAAUAUUCGAAGUAUAA